AUGCUCCGCUCCUCCCUCCUCCGAGUGAUUCGUACCCCACAGGCUUUGAGGGCCUAUAGCACUCAAGCUGGGCUCCCCGACAUUGAUGCCUCAAAAUUGACCAUUACCCGCACCCAAACACCAAAGGCUCUGAAGAAACCGGAGGACCUUAUCUUCGGGCGCAACUUCACCGGUAUCCCCGCUUUCCCCACUACGAAAUCGAUGAAUAAAACUUACGGUACGGAACAUAGACCACAUGCUAUCUAUCGAAUGGACAGCUCGAUCUGGCUGGGCUGCUCCUAGGAUAAUUCCGUAUCAAAACCUCUCCCUCGACCCUGCAACCUGUGUUUUUCACUAUGGUUUCGAAUGCUUUGAAGGAAUGAAGGCCUAUCGCUCCAACGUGAAUGGAAAGCCCAGUAUCCGCAUCUUCCGCCCUCAUAACAAUAUGCGGCGCUUGAAUAAAUCUUCCGUUCGUAUUGCUCUUCCGGCAUUCUCUGUCGAGGAAAUGACCAAAUGUCUUGCUACGUUUGUCAACUUGGAGCAACGGUUCAUUCCGGACAAGCGGGGCUAUUCCCUCUACCUCAGACCUACCAUGAUUGGAACCCAGAGCACUUUGGGUGUCGGGUCACCAGGGAGUGCAUUGCUAUUUGUUAUCGCUUCCCCGGUGGGCCCGUAUUAUCCUACCGGAUUCAAAGCAGUCAGUCUGGAGGCGACCAGCCGUUACAUCCGCGCCUGGCCCGGCGGUGUUGGGGACAUGAAGCUCGGCGGGAAUUAUGCGCCCUGCAUCGUUCCCCAGCUUGACGCUGCGUCUCGAGGCUUCCACCAAAACCUUUGGCUCUUUGGCGAGGAAGGGUACGUCACCGAAGUGGGGACAAUGAAUCUCUUCACCGCAUGGAUCACCCCCGAAGGCAGGAAGGAAAUUGUUACCGCUCCUUUGGACGGAACUAUUCUCGAAGGCAUCACCAGAGACUGCAUCCUUGCGCUUGCGAGGGAACACCUCACUAAGGAGGGUUGGGAGGUUAGCGAGCGCAAAUUCACUAUCGGGGAGAUGGCUAAGGCUGCGGACGAAGGAAGGUUGGUAGAGGCCUUCGGGAGUGGGACCGCAGCGGUUGUAUCACCGAUUAGGCGCAUUGCCUGGGAUGGCGGCAUUGGCGGUACACCUAGGGAUAUCAUGAUACCCUUGCAGGAGGGUAAGGAAGCGGGCGCCCUUGCCGAGAGAUUAUGGAAGUGGAUGGAGGAGAGGCAGUAUGGAGAUGUGGAGAGCGAGUGGAGGCUGGUUUCCCCCACCCAUCCAUCUUCAACUUUGACACGAUAA